AUGAAGAGAGGAAAGGUAUGGGACAGCAAGAAAGUCAACGACUGGACGGAAGAGGAGAUGGCCACCCGAGACCGGCUCCCCAACUUUGUGCGGAUGCUUCGACCCCCUCAGAAGAUUGUGAGCCGAUCAGAUCAAGCCAAGCUGCUCAUGAGAGUGCCCGAGAAGCUGACCAUCGAGAAGAUGAAGGACCACGGGAGUAGCGCCUACCUCGACUCUCUGCUCGAUCAAAUUCGCGCUUGCAACUGUCAGAUCGUUCGUGUGAAUCGAGGUAACGUCAACGAGGAUCAGAUCGUCUCCAUUGCUUUCGCCAUCGAGUUGGCUCGAGCAAAGUCCUCGCAGGAGAGCAAGCAGAUCGAACAGUUGGACGUGCACGCCCAGCACCUGUCAAGGGUGGCAGGCGGCGCUCUCUUCUCCGCUCUCGCGAAACUUGACAACCUGAUGAUGCUGAGCCUCGCCAAGAGCUCGUUUCCUGGGGUAGACAUCCAGCCCUUGUCAAUGCUGCUGCAGAAGAACACCUUGAAGACACUGGACCUGACGCAAACAGGCAUGGAUGACGCGAGAGGAGAGGUCAUUGCGAGCGGGUUGUACGCAAACACAUCUCUCACCUCGCUCGGACUGAGUGCAAACAAUCUCCAUCACGCUGGUGUUCUUGCGAUCUCAAGGUCUCUAAGGCAGCACACAGCCAUCCGACGGCUCGACUUGAGCCUCAACUUUGCGGGAGAUCAAGGAGCUACGAGGCUCGCGGACAUUCUGAGCGACGGGGCUGGCGUCCUCGAGGAGCUGAUUGUUGAAGCUAACGAAAUCGGAAACAACGGGGCCGAGUCACUUCUCAGUAUGGUCUCGCGCGAGGGUUCGGUCAUAAAGAGACUUUCGCUGCGAGGAAACAACAUUCGCUCCAUCGGCCUCCCUUCUUGCGAAGCGAUCAUGGAGGCAAGGCACCUGCCCUUGUGGGCUGCCGUUGUGACAGGGAGGAUGCAGGCCGAGCGACUAGAAUUUAUCGACUUGUCCAAGAACACCAUCAGCAACGCUGCUCUGCUCGGAACAGCUCUGCUGCGCAGCAAGUCGAUGAAGCACGUGGAUCUUAGUUUCAACCGCAUCUCGGACACGACCUUCGCUACGGCCGUGCGGUACUGGGAGACGGCAGGGCAGAACCCUUCGAACAUCCGGCCGUGGAUCCUUGAUCUCUCCAAGAGGGUUCGGGGCUCCACGGCGUCCUGGUCGCCCCUCCGACCCCAGCUGAUGACCAGCUCCAGGCUGGAGUACAUGGAUCUGACCGGGAACAACAUCACGGACGACGGGGCUCUCAUGGAAGAAACAGUUCAGAGCUCAAACGAAAACAACGCCAUCGCCUACUCGGAGGACCGGCUGAGAUGGGUGCCUCCUCGUUUCAACCUCUCCCACAACUUGAUUCAGUCUGAAGAGCUGCUGGAAGCGUUGACGUGCCUAGACUACGAUAUCCCUAGUGCCCGUCAAGCAUGGUUGAGAUACGUGAGGAGGAGGAAAGAAGAGUUCUGGGAAAACUGGGAUGGACGGUAUGGAUGGUCCGCACAGAAGGCAAGAAUGGGCCACCUGAUGUACAGGAUGGCGAACUCGAGCGUGGGAAGGAUGAUCAAGAAGGGGAUAGGACACUUGCGAUCAAGUCUGCUACCUCAGGGCGAGUCGGAGUUCAUGGUGGAUGAGAUCGAGCUGGCCGAGGAGGCGCACCGACUUCGCCUGGAGGAGCUGAGGCAGCUGGAGGAGGAGGCCAAGGCCAACGAGAGCAGGAAAGCGAAGAAGCAGGAGCUGAAGGAGUCGAAGAAGGUCAGGGAGCUGUUGAAAGAGGAGUACGAGAAGACAGGAGACAAGACCUUGCUUUCCCAGCUGAAGGGCAGCAAGGGGACUUCCGCCCUCGGAACCCCCUCCAUGCUGAGUACACCUCGAAAGAAUGGCGGGGGCUCGCGAGUCUUGUCGGCAGCUCCGUCGGGCGAUGUGACUCCCAGCGGCACCAGGACUCCGCGGAAGGGCAAAGGAUGA